GACAAAAAGGAAUUAAUCAUUUGAUCCAGGGAAACGAAAGCUCGAUCAGAGAACAAGCGGAAGAAGAACUUAAUCGAUUAAUCUCCUAAAUCAAGAAAGAUCCAGACUUUCUAAUUCGAAUCCAUCCGUCGGAGCAUUCUCAAUCUCCGGCGAUAAGUUUGAUCUUGAUUUUCAGUAUCAUUGGAAGAAGAUACGCUUAGAUUCAUCAUCACCUGCAUUUGAUCGAGAUGGGUUUUCUAGUGACAACCCUAAUUUUCGUCGUCAUUGGAUUUAUUGCAUCACUUAUUCCCAGAAUCUGUAUCAAUAAAGGACCUUCAACCAAUCUGUUAAGUGUAACACUCAUUAUUACUGCAACAAUAUGCUGUUGGAUGAUGUGGGCGAUUGUGUAUCUUGCCCAAAUGAAACCACUGAUUGUGCCCAUUCUCAGUGAAGAGUAGAACCAUGGAUGACAAGAUGUUGGGAAUGUGAGGGAAAGGCAUCUAUAAGUAUUAUUUUUUAUUUGUAUUGAAUUCAUAUUGGUUUAAACUAAUUCUACCUACAUUUUUCUGUCUGUUACUUUGCAAAUAACAGACUUUGCAAAUAACAGACUUCUGAUUAAAAUUGUGUUGCUUCUCCUGAUUUGUUUAUGUUUGCUAAUUUCGCCGCAUGUACACAUAAUUCUUGAAGGAAACGAGAUGUUUGCUACUUUUGCCGCAUGUACACAUAAUUCUUGAUUGAAGGAAACGAGUUAGUUUCCGCACAU